ACGACCAACAAGUCCGGCGACUGUGACCCGGCGUUUUGAUUUUGAUUUUCAAUUUCCCUCCCCAAAAAGUUAAAGCAGUUUCGGCCAAUUUCCCCAAAACGCAAUGUUGCACGAGCUUCUUCUAGCUCUCUUAGGCAUCACCGGCGAUCUCAUCGUCGACGAGCGAGAGCAACGGAAAACCCUAGGCCUCGCUUUCAACUCCCAUUCACCUCUCUCUGAUGAAUGUACCUUCCAACUCGCUCCUGACAUCUCCUUCCUCGAACCCAGCGAAAGGGACUUAAUCGAGAGGUUGAUCAAGCUAGGGUUCUACUAUCGAGAACUCGACCGGUUUGCGAAGAAGUCUCGCAAUUUGAGCUGGAUUAGGUCUGUUACCACUGUGCAUCCGUUGGAACGGGCUGAUGAAUUGUCCAAGCAGAGUAGAGAGAAUAAGCCUAGCGUGUACCGUAGAGCCAUUGCUAAUGGAAUUGGGGAGAUUCUUUCCGUCUAUAGAUCUGCGGUUCUUCAAAUUGAGCAGAAGCUACUGGCCGAGACUACUCCUAUUCUUGCUACGGUUACGCAGGGCCUCAAUAAGUUCUUCGUUCUUUUCCCUCCCCUGUACGAGGUUAUCCUUGAGAUUGAGCGGGAUGAUAUUCGUGGAGGGCAGCUUCUCAACGUGUUGAAUAAAAGGUGUCAUUGUGGUGUGCCUGAACUGAGGACUUGUCUCCAAAGGCUUCUUUGGCAUGGACAUCAGGUCAUGUAUAAUCAACUAGCGGCUUGGAUGGUCUACGGGAUCCUCCAGGAUCCCCAUGGAGAGUUUUUCAUCAAGAGGCAGGAAGAUGGGGAUUUAGAUCAUCGCUCAUCUCAGGAAGAAAUAUCUGAAAAGUUAGCUCGUACCUCUGUUCAUGAGACAUCUUUGACUGAUUGGCACUCUGGAUUCCACAUCUCUUUGGAUAUGUUACCUGAUUAUAUUUCUAUGAGGCUUGGUGAAUCCGUUCUUUUUGCAGGGAAAGCCAUAAGGGUUUUGCGAAAUCCCAGUCCUGCUUUCCAGUUCCAGAAGGACAAGAGUUUUCAGCAAACAAUGCGUGGCUCCCAGAGGAUUCGAGGAUUUAUGCAUAGUGAUUUCCCUGAAAGGGAAACUGAAAUAGAUACAGAUCUUACAGGGGGUGAGUUACUACCACAGUCUGAGGCAGACAAGAUCGAAGCAAUGCUCAAAGAAUUAAAGGAAUCAUCUGAGUUUCACAAGAGAUCAUUCGAGUGCACUGUUGAUUCUGUUCGAGCAAUAGCAGCCAGUCAUCUUUGGCAGCUUGUCGUUGUGCGUGCUGAUCUCAAUGGUCAUCUUAAAGCUCUUAAAGACUAUUUUCUCUUAGAAAAAGGAGAUUUCUUUCAGUGCUUUCUGGAGGAGAGUCGUCCGUUGAUGCGUUUGCCACCUCGCCAGUCAACUGGAGAGUCUGAUCUUAUGGUACCAUUCCAGUUGGCUGCAACAAAAACCAUUGCGGAGGAAGAUAAGUAUUUUUCUAGGGUAUCCCUACGGAUGCCUUCGUUUGGAGUCACAGUCAGAUCUUCUCAAGCUGAGCAGCUGGCGAGAUCUAAAGUAUCUCUUGCCGGGAAGGCAAAUCUUACAUCAGACACCUCUGUGGAUGGCUGGGACGCUAUUGCUCUGGAGUAUUCUGUUGAUUGGCCCAUGCAGCUGUUUUUCACUCAAGAAGUGCUUUCGAAGUAUCUGAAGGUGUUCCAAUAUUUGAUACGCCUAAAGAGAACUCAGAUGGAAUUAGAGAAAUCAUGGGCUUCUGUAAUGCAUCAAGAUCAUAUAGAAUCUGCUCAACAUCGAAAAGAUGGUACAAACGGAUCAACAUCUCAACAAAGACGACAAGGAAUAAGACCCAUGUGGCGUGUUAGAGAGCACAUGGCGUUUUUGAUAAGGAAUCUUCAGUUUUAUAUUCAGGUAAAGAAACCUAUGACGUUUCAUAAGAAUUUCAAAGUUGGUCACAAGUCAGUUCUAGAAACAAAAACGUCUAAGGUUUAA